AUGACGGCGACUACAAGCAUCACGCUGCACCCCUCGGGACAGGAAAUGCCUCUUGUUGGGUUUGGUCUCUGGAAAGUUGAGAACGACAAAGCCGCCGACCUGGUGCAGACCGCAAUCAAAGCCGGAGUACGGCUCUUCGAUGGCGCAGCAGACUACGGCAAUGAACCUGGCGUCGGCGAUGGCCUCAAAGCAGCCAUUGACAGUAAGCUGGUGAAACGCGAGGAGCUUUUCAUCACCAGCAAGCUCUGGAACACUUUCCAUGCGAAGGAGCACGUCAAGGAAGCUGCGAAACGAUCGUUAGCGGAUCUCAAGCUGGACUAUUUCGACCUCUAUCUCAUACACUUUCCUAUCGCACAGAAAUAUGUGGACCCGAAAGUGCGAUAUCCGCCCGGAUUUCUGGACGAGAAGAAUCAACAGGCGACCAACAUCCCGUUGGCGGAGACCUGGGCUGCCAUGGAGGAGCUGGUGGACGAGGGUUUGGCGAAGAACAUUGGAGUUUCCAAUUUUCAAGGCUCCCUCCUGAUGGACUUGCUCCGCAGCGCACGAAUUUCUCCCGCCGUCCUGCAGAUCGAGCACCAUCCCUACCUCGUGCAAUCAGAGCUGCUCUCCCUCUGCGCCCUGCACAAAAUCGCAGUCACAGCCUACUUCUCCUUCGGCCCCACCUCUUAUGUCGAGUUGACCCGCGUUAUGGCUGCCCAGCAGAAGCAGCAGGAUACGCUCUUCGACGCCUCGACCUUCAACGCGGCGGGCGAGCGUGCAAAGACCGCCCCGAGUCUGCUGGAGAACGAUGUCGUCACGGCCAUUGCGAAGGAGCAUGAUCGUACGCCGGCGCAGGUGCUGCUGAGGUGGGCGACGCAGAGGGGUGUAGCGGUCAUCCCGAAGAGCUCGAAUGAGACGCGGCUACGGCAGAAUCUGGAGUGUGGCAGUUUUGAUCUGACGCAGGCGGAGCUGCGCAGAAUCUCGGCGCUGGACAUGGGGCUACGGUUCAAUAAUCCAAGUGAUAUGGUAAAGGAGUUCUGUAUCUUCGCUUGA